AUGAUUCCAAAACCUAAAUUAAGAAACAAUGUAAUAUAUAAAAUUAAAAUAGAGUACGGAAACAAUAAAAAAAUUGCCAUCAAGUAAAUAAAUAAUUUAAGCCAUACAACGAAUCAAAACUAUUUCCUUAAAGUCAUACUCCUAGUAUAAGAGGAGCAGCUUAACUUCUGCAAAGACGAUUAAAACUGAACCAAAAUAAUAGAAUUAAGAAUUAGAUGAGGCAUUUCAUAAUUUUAAGUUUUCGCGUAAAAAUUUGUUUAAAUUUUCUGCUACUAAAAGAUAAAUAGUGUCAGCAAAAUCAACUUAUGCUAUUCCUAGGUUGAUACAUGAGACAAAUAUAUCGGAGAGAUUAAUAGAAUAGAAUAAUUAUGAUGAUGAUGAAGUAAUAAUACCUUCAAAAAAAUUGAAUAAUUCAACUAAAAUGUAUAAUCUAGAAGAAAAUCUGACUUUUGAAAUAUAGGCUAUGUAUAAGUUGAAGAAAUUAUCUGAUUAAACAACAUAAUAGUUACCUGCUAUUAUAAGUAUUAAAACUAAAGAUGAUAAAAACGAGUGCAAAUCAAAUAGGCUUGGUGUUGAUUUGGUAUUAUUAAAAAUUAUUAUAGAUUUGUUUGAUUGAUAAAAGUGGUAGUAUGUAAGGUGAAAAAUUAUAAACUGUGAAAUAAAGUUUAAAAAUAUUACUUGAGUUUUUAAUUGAUCAGGAUCGUUUGCAAUUAAUUACUUUUGAUGGAUAAGCAUUAAGGUUAUCUCCAUUAAAAUGCACAACUAAAACAAACAAAUAAUAUUUUACUUAGCUUAUUGAAUAAAUCUAUUCUAAUGGUGGGACAAAUAUUUCAAGUGCCACUGAAAUAGCAUUUGAAUAAAUAAAAAGAAGAAAAUAUAGAAAUAAUGUAACAUCUAUAUUUUUGUUAUCUGAUGGUCAAGAUGAGAAUGCAAAAAUAUCCAUUACAAAAUAAUUAUAAAGAAUAAAUGAGGAAUUUACUAUUUUUACAUUUGGAUUUGGAAAAGAUCAUGAUGCAUAAAUGAUGACAUCUAUAAGUAAUUUAAAACAUGGAAGUUUUUAUUUUGUUUAAGACACAAGUUUAUUAGAUGAAUUUUUUGUUGACGCUUUUGGAGGUUUGAUAUCAGUAGUUGGUAAAGAAUUAAAAAUUAAUGUUACAUUAAAAUCAUCUAAACCAUUUUAAGAUAUUAAAAUGUAUAAGACCUAUGGAAAGAUGUGGGAAUACAAUUAAAAUAGUUAUUAAAUAACUCUUCCAUAAUUGACACAAGGAUCGAGAAAAGAUUUUGUUUUCAUUUUAGAAUUACCUAAAUUUAUUAUGAAAAUUAAAGAUAAUCAAAGACAUUAAUUGAUUAUGGAAGCAAAAUUAUAAAUUAAUGAUCCAUCAACAAAUAAAACGAUCUUUAAAUAAUCUAAUUUAUUUUUAACAUUCUUCAACCAUGAUGAAAAGAUAGAACAAAAUGAAGAAGAUUUAGAAGUUUAGACUUAAUAUUAUAGAGUGAUAGUAACAGAAAUUAUAGAUUAAGCACAAAAAGCAUGUGAAUAAUAACAAUUUUAAGAGGCUUAAGAUAAAAUUGAUUAAAUGAUAUUACAAAUCUAAAAAAAUUAAAGACUCCUUUCCAAUUGUCCUUAACUCAUUUAAGAUUUGAAUUAAGCUAAACAAGCUACAGAAAAAUAUAAUUUUAUUAAGUAUGGAAGAGGAUAAAUGUUUUAAAUUAUUAGCAAUAACUUUUCUUAAUAAGGAGUUACUUCUUUAUUUACAGUAAAUGGGCAACAAAAAUAAACCAAUUUGAGGAUUUUUUCUUAUUCUAAUCGGGUAUAAACUGAAAUGGUAGAUAUAAUUCAAACAAGAAAAACCCUUACAUUGUGA